AUGGUCUACUCCCUGGAUCCUCCAGUCAAAGUGUUCCGCUGCUCCAUCGUAAAUAUCGUCUCCAUCUCAGCGCGCACCUCUACCUGGGUGGCCGGUGUCCGCUUGUCUCAGCAGGCUUCACCAUUAAUUAAAGCAUUUCCAAAACAGCUGCGUCUGCCCGAGCUCAGCCAAUCCCGAAGCGCGCCCGUGCUCGCUCCUGACGUCACGGUGAAGUCCAGCCGCGGAGCUCCGACUCAACUUGUGCGAGACACGGAGAGCUGUGCGCCGCGUGCCCAACAGAGUGCGUACGGCUCCAGUCCGGGUCACACAGUCCAGGCAGCGCACGGGCUUCUGCUGCUCUGGACAGCGCUGCUGAGGAGCGAGGAGCGCGUGCCUCCAGUCUUUGUCCCACACAUUGUCUGCUUCUUUGGAGCAAGUGCAGAGUUUGACGGCAGGUGGCCGCGGCAGAUGGCCUCCUCCACCGGUCUGUGUCGCUACGGUGCCAGGGUGGACUGCUGCUGGGGCUGGACUCGCCGAUCCUGGGGCCAAUGCCAGCCUCUCUUCGCCUUAACUCACAGGGUAGCCGGGAUAAGGUGCCAGCCCCAAGCCGUGUGCCAGGCGGGAUGUAAGCACGGAGAGUGUGUGGGACCAGACAAGUGCAAAUGCCACGCAGGCUUCACCGGCAAGACCUGCAAUCAAGAUCUGAAUGAGUGCGGGCUGAAGCCGAGGCCUUGUAAACACAGAUGUAUGAACACGUACGGGAGCUACAAAUGCUACUGCCUCAACGGAUACAUGCUGAUGCCCGACGGGAGCUGUGGAAAUGCGCGCACUUGUGGCAUGGCCAAUUGCCAGUACGGCUGCGAGGUGCUGAAAGGCGAGGUCCGGUGUCAGUGUCCAUCACCCGGGCUCCAGCUGGCUCCGGACGGGCGGACCUGCGUGGACGUGGAUGAGUGCGCGGCGGGUACAGCGGUGUGUCCACGCUUCAGGAAGUGCAUCAACACGUUCGGGAGCUACAUCUGCAAGUGUCACGACGGCUUCGACCUCCAAUACGUCAACGGGAAAUACCAGUGCAUAGACGUGGAUGAGUGCUCUUUGGGCCAGAGCCAGUGCAGCCGCUUCGCCACCUGCUACAACACCCCGGGGUCCUACAAGUGCAAAUGCCGAGAGGGCUACAGGGGGAUGGGCCAGGACUGCAAACCCAUUCCUAAAGUGGCCAUUGAACCUCCUCGACCAGGCAAGAACCACCACCACAACCACAUACCUGAUUUUGAUUUCCGCCGGCCCACUGCCACUACAACUGUUAGAUCCCCAGUUACGGAAAAGAGAGUAUUCAUCCCCAGAACUACCACGCCAACUACGACUACUACUACUUCUACUACUACAACUGCUUCGACUACGACCAAAGCACCACCAAAGAGGGUCACUCCGCCACCGCGUAAACCAGCCGUACCGACAAGGAAGCCUCCAGUCCCGACCAGGAAGCCCUCUGUGCCCACACGCAAGCCCUACGUACCCCCCAGACCCGCCCCGCCGCCCACCAGACGCCCCUUCAUACCACCCCCUCCCGCCCCGGUGACGCCAGUGGACAACACCAUCAACAAGGAGGUCACCAAGCAGAGGGGCGACGUGCACAUCCCCCGGAAUCACGGACACAACGCGGUGCUGGGGAUCGACUUUGACAUUGAGCUCGGCAACACGGCGGACGAGAGCAAGGACGACCCAGGUGCGGGCUUCCUCAGCUGCUCCUUUGAUGAUGGACUGUGCGGCUGGAUCAGGGACAAAGAUGGAGACGUGCACUGGGAGACGACGCCAGAUCCAUCAGGUGGCCGGUACCUCACCAUCCCUGAAGUGGGCAAUAAGAGGACGGGACGCGGUGCCAGGCUGGUGCUGCCCCUGACUCCGCCCUGGAACGAUGGGAACCUGUGCCUGUCGUUCCGGCACAAGCUGGCGGGGCACCACGUGGGCAUGCUGCAGGUGUUUGUGAAGAAGGGCAAACAGUACAGCCCGGCCGUGUGGGGGCGCACCGGGGGCAACGGCUGGAGGCACACGCAGAUCACUCUGUGGGGAACGGGACUCGAGAGUGUCAUCCUGAAGGGGGAGCGCGGGCGUGGCCGGAGCGGAGAGAUGGCCGUGGACGACAUCACGCUGAGGAAAGGCUCGUGCACAGAGGAACACAAUCUGAGGAGACUCUGACUGGGCUCGCGCAACGGACCGGAGACACCAGGAGGGGGCGAUCUCAAAGACACGUGACUGAUGUACUGAUGCCCCCUCUGGUCCUGCCUCGUCCCUCAAUUUACCCCCCCUCAUUACCACGGUUACCCCGCUCAACCAC